GGUUGUUGACCUUCUUUGAAUCACUCAGAUAAAAUAAGGUUUAAAAUUCAGCUAUAAAUAAAUCCUUUAUAGCUUUGAUAUACCAAGAAAACGUACCAAUACAACCUGGAGGAUCUAAGCUUACAGACUGAUAAUCUUUUAGUUCCAGGAUUUGAAUAUUCGCGCCGAAUGCCGAGGGAAAAAAGAUGACAUGACAAGAUGGAUUAGCCUUUUGAAUGCCAAGUUUGAACACUGGAGUUCAACUUUAUAGUGUCUAAUCCUACUCGAUAUUAUUAACGUACAAUGGAUAUUAAUGUUUCGGACACCUCGUUUGCCUAUAGUGAUAUAGUCGGGCCUUCCCAUGUAAGCGGAUUGGAGUCGUUUUCUGAUUUUGAUGCGAGUGAAUACAGUGAGAGUUUUGAGGAUCAAGAAGCUCAUGACAGCGGAGUAGAAGAAGAAUCCGUCACUCCACAAAACCUGGAAUCCUCACAGAACGAAAACAAGGAUGCAAGACCAGACAGUUUUUCCUUUGGACUGCAUAAUCUUCCUACUGGAGAUAUUCGGGAAUUCCUGAAUGCAUUAGAGAGUGCCAAAGCACAAUUGGGAAUGGCUAUUGAGUGUCAAGAAAAAGAUUCUCCAGUUGAAGAUGAAAGUUCUCUUGGAAUCCUACACCUAGAUUCAUUACAAGAAGGAGGAACACAUGUGAUGCCAAGUCCAGGAAUCCAACCUGAAACCCGAAUCAGAGACCACAGUCUAAAAAUGUCUGGUUUUGGUAGUGGAAGAUCCUCUUCAGAGCUCUUGUCAUCUAGCCAAGCAAAUUACAAAUCUGAAGAUGAGAAUAAGGAUGGUAAUCAUGCUGACAGUAAAGAUGAGGGAGAGCUUCCAUUUGCUGGUGAAUAUAGUGAGCCAAUGGUGUUAAGCCACCUUACAGACAAUACAACUCUGAAAGACAAGUCUGAUACUGCAGAGCAUCCACACAGUUUUUUUAAUCUCCCAGCUAGUCAAGAAGUUGAUGUCACUACACAAUCAAAUGGUGACGCUUCAAAUUUCAUGGCCCUGAGUCAGAGCCAAGAUGAACUUCAGUUCAUGCUACAGACCACAAGAUCAGGUAGUGGGGAUGGUGGAGAAUUGAUUGACAGAGUGUCGAUAACAUCAAGCAUCAGUUUUCUACAGUCACAGACAUUUCCCGAGAGUGUCUUCAGUCAGAGUCUCAGCAGCUAUAGCAGAGGGUCUGGAAGUGGAACAGAUUCAGGAUCAGGAAGUGACAAUGACGCCAAUAAUCACAGAAGUGAUACUGACAAUGGCAGACAACAGCCGUCACCAGAUCUUAUUCAUAAUGCUGGUGAUGGUAGCAAUGGACAUUCCUCCAGCUCUGUCGGACGGCCAGGACUAGAGGGUGCCAAUUCUGAUGCUGAGGAUAAUUAUGCUGUCAGUGGCCCUUCAUCUGAUGUUGGAGGUUCUAUUGCUGGAUCAAUAGAGCUGCGGCAGUCUGGUGAGGGAGAUGAUGUCAUGCCUGAUCUUCCUGGUGAUGGAGGAGGAGGAGGUGAUGGUAGUAGCGGCCACAGCAGUGAUGAUGGCCAACCCAACGGUUCUGGUCAGAACUCAAGUGCUCGAUCCACACCAACCAGCUCUAUUUCCAGUAACAGUGAUCACUAUGUUCCUAUGGUAACACCUCAAGUCAGUUCAUUAGGAACACUAGAAGUCGCUGGCAGCAGAGGACCACCUGUGGGCCAUGCAUCAGUAGAUGGAUCACCUCCUCUUAUUCCCUCUCCACCCACCCAUCCAGGGGAGUACACCAAUACUUCCUUAGACCAGUUUGACGUUUUGGCAUCUUCUACCCCUAUGGUUAGGCCAGGAAAGAAUGCAUUUAACUUUGAGACUCCAGUCAACAUAGAGUCCUCAGCAAUUGGUUCACAGUAUCUAUUAGCAACACAUCCCACAAGGCAAGGACAGGGAGGUAUUGUAGUACAACCUACCAUGCAGCAGCAGGAUGGAAGUUUCCAUCUCUCACAGAUAUUAGAAAGUUCAAGAACCAGGGAUGAUCAUGACAACACUCUAACAGAAGCAGCAUCAAUUGACUUUGAAGCUCAAGGACUAACUCCAAGACCACCACUACGCAACAUCUCUGACAGUGACCAGGAUAAGACUCUUACUUCUAAAACUCCAGCAAGAGGUCAUGGUAAUCUGGCAACAAGUAACCUAAGUGAAGGUCAACCAAGAGACUCUGAUAUCUUGAACCUUGGCACCAGUGUUAACUCCUCUAUUGGAUUUCAAGAAAGUUUCCUUGGACUAUCUGCCAGUGCUGUCGAUAACUCUCUACUGUGGAAGUCAACGCCAAAAGAUGAUGAGGGUGACACUACAGGAGCAACACCUGGGAUUGUCUUUGAAGGGAAUGCUAGACCUUCGACAGUUGCAGACGAAUACAAAGAUAUACAGAACAAUACUUCAGGCAUAACAGCAGACAAGGAUGUAAGAAAGAAGUCUCAAUUAACUAAUCAAGGUCAUCCCAGUGGGUCACAACCAAGGUUACCUCAGGAUGAUUCAUCAGCCAAGAGGCUACAGACACCAGGAGGGUCAGAGGAACAGACAAUACCUUUCUCUAGCUGGGGGGCACAGGAUUCUAGAUUUUCAUCAUCAAUGGCUGGUGUAUAUAAUCCAUUUGAUAAUGAAGCUUCAACUUUCCUUGGAGAAAAUACUGACUGGAAAGAGGAACAGGACAUUAAUUUCUCUGCUGCAGGGGAUCCAGAAGCCAUUCUUGCAGCAGAUGAGAAAAGCUUUAAAAGAGAACAUCAGUUUGAUGCUCCAGUCCACCUGUCACCAGCCGAUGUAACCGCCAACCAUGACUGGACCAUUCCUGAUGAAAGCGCUUUCAUGGCAAGGUCUUCUUUAGCCAAAAUUGUGGCAGUAAAUGAUCCCGAUGAUAAAGGAGAAGUGCGCAUCUCACUUGGUGCAUUCAUAGCAGCUGGAUCAGCCGAGCUGGGAUCACUUGAGAUGUCAAACCCAGAUAGACCAAGGCCUCAUUUUGGGGAUGGACAUAUCAUAAACACACCUUCUCCACAACCCCCUCCAAGGCUCAUCACCAGAGACUUUGCAGAACAACAUCACUUUGAGGACCCUGAAAAACUCAAUGAAUAUUCCGUAUUUCAAGCCACUCCAAACAAGCAAACCAAUAUUCCAGACCCUAAGUAUGGAGAAUCGGAAAUUUCCACUGUGAAGAAGGCACCAAAGAGUUUCAAGAAUAGACAAGGAUCGACUGGGUCAGAGAAUGCAUUUGAAAUAAAGAAGACAAAUCUUGAUAAGCAAUAUAAUGAACUUAGACACAAGUCUGCAAAGGAGCGGCGCGGCAGCCAGGGCAGUACACAAAGCUCUCACAGCUCUAGCAGUAAAAGUAGUGUUCAGAGUGUUGUUCUUAAGAAAGAAAAAAGCAGAAAGCAAAGGACAGUGAGUGAAGGGAGUGCUGAAGACUCUAAACAACGGCACCAAAGAAGACAACGAGAGCCUGAUGGCUGUCCUGAUAAGGAAAGCACAGGAGGUGCGAUGAAAUCCAUGCAACCACGCAGUAAAAGUACUAAAGAUACAUUAAAAAGUAAAGAAUCACAAGAUGAUACUUCAUCUGCCAUUAGACAUAACGCAUCUUCAAGUAAACCAGGACACAGGACAUCGGCGUCUAGGAAAGUGGUUGAUGGACAAGACAUUGGUGUCAGUUCCAAAGGUGGAGUCUCCAUGGAACCACCACCACAUGGCUCUACAAGCUCAUAUCCAAGACAAACAGUGAACAAACAACAACAAAAAGCAAAGGAACAAAUGACCUCUAGUACGAGUGAUAUGAGUGAGGUCAGCGCCAAGAACACAGGGUCCAGUAUGUCAAGCAUCCUGACGUCAGGAAGCUUUGGUUCUCUAAAUCAACAAGAACUGGCAGACUUUAUUGCUAAAGCUAUUAACAUACCACCUGAACAUAUUGAACAGUUAUUGAAUGCUGCUUCAGAAGCCAAAAGUAAAAGCCAUCACAGCACAGCUAAAGACUCUCACCAAGUGUUGCCUGAAAAAGACAUGGAUGGCACCACACAUGAUCAAUCAAGUUCUCCUAAGGAAUUGGAAUCAAUUAACCAAAGUCCAGAACUCAAAUCAAUCAAGCCCAUUGCAUCAAGUAGUCCUCACGAUGUGGUGUUAUCACCUAGUAUUACAUCACAAAGUAUGACAAAUCACCUUGCAUCACCUGCUAAUAUACAGUGCAGUACCUUGUUAGACUCCAUGACGUCUCCUCCCCAAGACGGGGUAUCUAGUUAUUCUAUCAACUCUAGUGUUUUUGUUCAUGACAGCCCUGGUAAUGUUUCAGUCAUUGAAAACAGCACCAUGAUGGAAUCACCUGCAAAAGAUACCCCACUCUCUCCACCCCCAGAUCCAUUCAGUGGCAAUCAGAUUGAUCCAUACUUUGGAAAAACAUAUACCAUAAAAGAUAAGAAUGGGACAAGUGCUCAUGCAGUAGACCCUCUCAAAAACAGGGCAAACAAUAUUGAAAAGAGACUUGAUAAAUCUUUGUCUCCGGACAAGGAUGCGACAAGAAGAUCAUCAGCUGAUUUUCAACCUGUUGCUUCAAUGACAACAUCCUCUGUAGGCACAGAAGAUUUGACCUUGAUAGAGUCUCCAGAGAAAUACAGCCCUAACAAAUUAGAGAGAUCAUUUGACAGUGCUGUGUAUUCCAAGUCUCCCUAUACAGAGAGUAAAAGUAGGCACUCAUGGCCAAAAACAGGGGUAGAUUCACCUUACGAAAAAGCUGAGGUGGUGAGAAGUGGCUAUCCAGUUGCUGCUUCUUCAUAUUCACCUGUUCUAUCCAUGACUAGUGAAUCUGGAAACUACAUGAGACCUGUUACAAUAGGAGUACCACCACCUCUUCGUGUAGUAUCACCUUUAGCAAUACCAUCAUCACAGUUUCCAGGACAGACUGGAAACUUAGGGUAUCCUGGUCCUCAAGGAUUUGGGUUUCAACCUGGAGGAUAUGUGCCAAAUAUUAAUGGUCCUUUGAGUGGAACAUUUCCUAUGCAUUAUCCAGCAUUUCCACUCCCUAAUCAAGCAGUUCAAAGACAGUACCCUAGUGGUAUUUACCCACCUGAUGGGUACUCUGUUCCUGGCUUUAUGGGACCAGGUGCAAUUUCAGUUGGACAUCAAACUCACCAAGUUCCUCCUUAUAGUAUUUAUAGCAACAACCAGCAGGCAUUGCAUCUUAAUACUGUAUCAGCUGGCAUUGCUCCAAGACUUGCAACGAAUACGCAGACAUUCUCUUGGCAGGCACAAGGUGCUGUCCCUCAUACAACAGAGCAGGGGCAGCAGCAUUUACAGACUGCUCCUGCAGGACUUCUGCAGCUUGGCCAGCCACUAACAUCUCAAGGAAUGACAUUGGGCUCUGAUUCCCAGCCAACCAAUACACAAAACAGAACUACAAACUCUCUUACUCCUAUAGUGGUCCCAGGAGAGGUUAAAUUACCUCCUGUAUGUCCUGUUGGUAUUCAAACGCGCAGCUUAUUGACCCUGCAUAAUUCCAGUAGUAAAUGGAUCUACUGUAUGGUCAAGGUUGCUUACUGUACUGUGAAUGGUGCUCAGGUCACCAACUCUGUAGAUAACCCAUUCUUUGUGCCUUCAAGACUCAUUAUUAAUCCUCAUACAACAAUUCCAAUUGAGGUUAUAUUCAAGCCUCGUCUAACAGGGCUACACUCAGCACAAUUACAUGUCACCUCUUCUCCUGUGGCUUCUGAUGGUCAGCAGAGUGCUGAGACUUUACCAAGUCUUGUUGCUCUUGAGGCAGUGGCCGAGCAGCCUGAUAUUGAGGUUUUGUCAGAGGACAGCCAGGUUGUGGAUUUUGGUGAGAUGGUUGCUAACAGUAAGCACUCCAGACCACUUCGACUCAUCAACAAAGGGAAGGCAGCUAUUCCCAUAAGACUAACUAUAACACCAAAUGCCACUUCCCUUCAUUGUUUCUCAUUUGUUAAUGCUGAUUCAUCACCCAAGAAAAGCUCCUCUUCUACUCCACCUUCUAAAGUUGCUGUCAACAAAGGCRUUUUGUCUAUCCAUAAAGUUGUUUUGAGUGGCACACAAACAGUGAAUAGUUCAUUAGAUCCUCAUGUCAUUUGGAUUCUCUUUCAAGCACCUCAGAAAACAGAUCCAGGUUUUGGAUCUCUCGGUCUUCCAGAUGAGUUCACUGCUAGAGUAGAUAUUGAAAUGGACUGCGAUGAAGGUCCUAUAAUUGGAAGUGUUCUUGUCAAGGCCACUGUUGGUGUAGCAAGACUUCAUACUCCCAAAAGUUUACAGGCUCUGACAUUGUCAGGUGUAGUUGGACAGAGGAUUAGUAGGGGCUUCCCUGUGAGAAAUGCUGGCAACAUCAGCCUGCAAGUAGACCUUAAGAUCCUUAAAGAUGUUGAAUAUUUUACUGUGACUCCAAGCAGAACAGUACUCAGACCUCAGCAGGAAGUGGAAGUAACAGUACAGUUCAAACCAACCAAACCAGACUCAGUGAUAGACAGUACUCUUGUGAUGAGUGUGCUUCCUGAUGGUCCAGAGUAUGAUGUACUGCUCAGAGGAAUGGCGACAUCUGAAAAGAAGACUCUAUCAAAACAGGAAAGCCCUGUUCUGCUGUGUAACAAACCUGUUGUAUGUUGGGGUGGAGUUGCCAUUGGGAAAGCAGUUCAACAAAAAGUAGUACUAAAACACAAUGGACAGAUGCCAUCCAAGAAACUAAAACUGCAACUUUCAAUACAGGCACAACACCCAGACUUUCAGCUUCAGAAUACAUUUGGUAAAGUAGAUGAGAAAUCUCUGGCAUCUAUUGUUGGUUUAGCACCUCAGGAAGAGCUACCAGUUCACAUCUUAUUUGCUCCCUCAACUCUUGGUUUAAUAUCCAGUGCUCUUGUAAUCAGAACCCUCUCUGGAGGAACCAAAUCCAAGGUACCAUUGUAUGGUUGUGGAGGAUCAAGUGAACUAGUGAUUGUUGACACCAGAAAACUGAGUGAAGGAUACAUAGCCAACUUAGGAGAGGUGUCCCUUGGUAAGAAAAAUGUCAUCAAGCUAACAGUCAAGAACACCGGAACAAGACCUGCCUUUGUUAAAGCUGUCUGCUACUCAGAUGUUGCAUCUCAGACCAUUUAUCCUGCUACCCAUCUGAAUAUUGCACCAAAUAAUUUCAUAUUACCAGAAAGAACAUCCAAACAAGUAGUUGUGGUUUACCAACCCCUUGAGAAUGAUGCCAUCAAAUGUAAAACUGAGAUGAGCACUGUAGCAACCUUAGCAUUCUAUACAGGAGAUGAAGGAAUUAGACAGCAGUAUAAGAGAUAUGUUCAGAGGAAUGACCUCCCACAUGCAUCAGCUAAAUGUAGUGGUCCUUUAAUGAACAUCAACUUCCUCACAGCCUUCCAAGAUGAAGACAAAAUCAUUGAAGAUAUGGUUUACCCCCAAGUUCCACAGUGGACCCAGUUCUUCCAGAGCUGUGUGUCAAGGGUCCUGUUAAUGCUAGUAGGGUCACCACCAUCAGGUCCUGACAAGGCUAAAGCCAACAGGUCCCUAGAUUUGGUGCCAAUGCAAGGCCCUUCUGAAAAUGGACCUUCCGUAUUGAGCAAGGAAAUGGCCUCAGCACCAACACCUCAAGUUGAAGAUGCUAAAACCUCUGAAGCCUGGACUGUACUUCCUGAACACCUAGUUCUAACAGCCUACAAGACAUUAGGUGAGAAAGGCACUGGAAGGUUGCAGAUUAUUAAUUUCUCUGAACGACCUUUAACGUUUGAGUUUAUCUGGCCUGCUCACUGUCUUACCAUCACGCCUGAUCGUGGACAGAUUCCAUCAAGGAGUCAAGUUAUGGUUGUGAUGAGUCCAAGACCCACCCUACCCUCCUCAGGAAUACAACUGCCCUGGGGUGGCACAGUCUACAUACAAUGUGAUGGAACUCAAAAAGCUAUCCGUGUCCAAAUCAGAGAAGAAGUUGUACUUGAAAACUCCCCUUAUCAGCCUGGAGCACUUACUCUCCAGGCUCUGGAGACUAAAGAAGGAUUCACACCCUUUACCCCUGCCUUGCCGACCAGCCACCUUCCACCCUUGGUGGUCAGAACAAAGCAAGUAGAGUUUGAAGAGACUGUAGCUGGAAAAGAGUCUGUGGCAGAAUUAGUCAUAGAAAAUGUUGGCAAUGCAAAUGUGAUGUGGGACUUGUCUUCAGUAGCACCUGCAUAUGUCAAGGCAACUGAUAAUACAGGAGACAUCUACAGAACAACAUACACAGCAUUCAGCUUUCAUAAACGAUCAGGUGUUGCAGCAGGCAUGGCUGUCAUGAAGAUUCCUAUAAAGUUCCAGCCAAGAGACCCUGGUCAAUACUCACAGUUUUGGGAUCUACAGUUUAAGGAAGAAGGGUUGAGGCGUGUACACAAGCAGAGAAUAGAAAUUACAGCAAAGGCAAUUACAAAAACGUUCAGCACAGAACCAAAUACCAUUAGACAAGAGGAGCAACCAACUUCAAAGAGGUUGUCCAAAGAACCUCAGACACAUACAAACCCUAAACAGCCAACUGCUACUGGUACAAACCCUGUGGGGAUGGCUAAUAAGAUGACAACAUCAACUCCACAAAAUACUGCACCCAGAACACAAAGCAGACCAAGCAUCAAGCGCAGUGGUAAACCCAAAGGAGUGUAUAUCACUGAAUCAGAGGUACAUUUCCCAGAUAUAGCAGCAGGAGAAAGCAACGAGGUCAAAGUUAAAGUCUGCAAUGACUCCACUGAACCCAGUAUGGUAAAAAUCGUGGGCCCAAAGGAGCCUUUUUCAAUAAGCAAUGUUAGAGUGACAGUAAGACCACAGCGGUUUGUUCGCCUACCAAUCAAGUUCAGCCCACAAACACCUGGUACUAGUUAUGAAUCUGUCAUGAUAUUUACUGCUGCUUCUGGUACCACACAACAAGUUAAGGUCAUGGGAAGAAGUAAAGACCUAACAUGAGAGAUGAAUAGUCAUAGGAUAUAUCACAGGAAUAUAAUGAAAUAUGCCAAGCACUGGUACUAAAAUCACUGUACUCUGAAAGCAAGGAAAGCUUAGGCAGUAAAGACGUUGAUGUACCUCUUUAAUUGCUCUGCAAAUGCAAGACAUACCAUAAAACAUAUGAUGACUUGCAGGAAUAAAAGCUCAAUGGUUAUGAGGUGUGAAACACACUGUCUACACAAUGACAUAUAAAGGUCAGUGAUCCAGAAGAAUGUUCUCAGUAGUGAGACUUUUUUGGAUAAAUGUAGCCGAACAUAUUGAUUGCAGAUGUGAGACUGCUUAAAUGGCAUGGAUUGCCUUGUUCAGACUAACUGUGCAGCAUGAUGAAUACAAGGAAUGAUAAUCAAAGUAGCUGGAGGGUUACAGGUUUUUUCAAAUCAUGCUGUACGUGUAUUUGGCUACAGAAACAAGAGAAAUUUUUAUACCAAGUGCUUGAGGGCCACUGAUGCUUCACUUAUCUUUGGCAAUUCUCGUGGAAUGUUCUGGCUCGAAAGAUAUGUCAAAAUUUGUUGCCCAGAGGAUCAUGGAUGCAUCUAAUCUAAUGUGAAACAUGAUGGCUACAGCCUCAAGACUAAAUGAAAUUAAAAGAAGAGUAUAUUUGCAAAUAUUACCAUAAUAAUACAGAGUUUGGACUGAACUGCGUGAUCAAAAUCAAAAGAUGUUGACUGUCCAUGACACAUUAUAGAGGAACUACUAGCACCUGAUAUGAGCAACAGUAAGCCCUCAAUGAUAUGCACUGGAAUGCAUAAUUCAAGCCUGAAGAUUUUGAAUACCAGUGACAUAUAAAUCUAGUAUGGCGUUUUACACUAAAAUUGCACAAUCAUGUCAAGUAAAAGUAAACCCAAGUUCUUAGUACCCAGGGGAAGAUCCAGGAAUAUUUUCUACGGGGGGUGCACCAUCCAGUAUUUUUUUUUAGGAGGGGGUACACCCUUUGCUUACAAACACAAACACCAAUAAUGCAGUAGAUAUCAGCUCAUCUAGGGGUGCACUCCCCCUGCACCCCUCCCCUAGAUCCGCCUCUGAUAUCUACCCAAACGUGUCAUGUUGACAACUUCAUAUGAUACCCUUGUAUCAGUAGUAUGAAGAUGUAGUCUGCAUGUAAUGACAUACAUUAAACCUGCUGUCAAAGAUAGAGCUGUUGCAUCAUAAAAGCUUAGUAAAAUAUAUACCCUUUUCUCUUUCAGAUUUUGAUAAUUAACAACUCAAAAUUGCAAGAUGAAUACUCCUUUUUACAGUUGCCUUAAGUGACCAAGAAUGAUAAUUAUCAUGUUAUCAUGCCCUGCAACUCCAGCCUCGGCUUGGAAUUAUUAUUCCUGGUCACUGAUUGUUGUUAAGAUUUUUGGUCCAUUAAGACACUUGAGGAGUAUUCUUCUUGCAACGGAACUGUAAAAAGGAAGCAUUCCUAAUAGACUUGUAACUAUUUUCUUUGUAAAUAAUUUUAAAGCAGUAAUUCUACUAUUGCAUGAAGAGUGAAAUGUUUCCAAUUCGACAUGUUAUGAAAUAUAGUAGCUUUAUGAAAGUACACUUUAUACUAUCAAGAUUUAUAUAUUUAAACUAUUUCACUGAAAUACAAAGUAUUAAUAGGAUGGCUAUUAUUAUUGAUUAAUAAUAAUUAUUAUUAUAAUGGUCAAAUUUAAUGUAACGUAUUGUCAAGUAUGUCUGAUAC